AUGAAGCCAUAUAUACAGCUUUAUAAAAAGAAACGAAAUAGUGAUAUUCAGCAACUCCCUGACCGAUGUGCAUCAUCAACUAUCAAAGCUUUACUUAAUGAAGGCAGAAAUCUUUAUAGAAAACACCAUAGACUAUUUUCUCAAGGCUGCACUGCUCUCUCUACAAACGAAACUCCAGAUUUGCCUUCUGAAGAUCUCCAAAUCCCUCAUCUUCGAGUAGAAUUUCCUAAAAAAUUCUUAAAUAAUGAAUCAACGCAAAUUGAUGAAUAUUUUCAUCAUGAAGAUCCUUAUGAAAGUGAAGACUCAGAAUUUACUAAUCAGCUUUUAAGAAAAUGGGCGAACCCGACAGUUUAUAGUGUGUGAGCCAAAAAGCGCCUCAUAGGAAGUUUCCUACCCUUGGCCAAGCCCUCUUUAGAAAGUCAAUGGAUAUAAUUUUCCUCAAAGAAGGGGGAGGGAGCGUUAUUUAAACGGGGCUGGAAAUCCGACCCUACCGACUCGCCUUAUGGGCGAGUACUUUUCCUCAGGGAGUCUUGCCGAAGGCAAGGGUUUUCUAUAAGAUGCCAAAAGGAGUAAUGAGAUAUAUAAAGAAGAAAGAAAAAGUCACAAUUUUUCUGAAAGACAAACCCCAGUUUCUCUAUUUGAUGUAAGCUUUGAUAGACCAAGGACUUAUAAGUUUCAUAUGAAUAAAACAAUUAUGCCUAAAAAUGUGCUAACUUUGCCCUCUGUAAGCGAACAAAACCAUUGGAAAAAUCUCUAUUUUUUGCCCAAAAGCCCACCCUCAGUAAGCGAACAAAAAUUUUUUAAUAUAAAUAGUUUUUAUGAAAAAAAUUAUAGAGGUUUCCUCUAUAUAGCGCUGAAAGCGCAGACAUUUUCCCAGGAGCUUUCCAAGUUCGUCGGACCAAAUCGCUUUUUGGUCCGACCAAGGCAUUGAUUUGGUGCAACCAACCGAUAAAUUCCGAUCAGAAUUUAUCGGCCUUACAGCGCCAAACAUAGGAAACUUCUAUAUGAUAUUUAAGCAAUAAUUAUUAUAAUGAAAUCUCUAGUUAAUUUUGAUUAAUUUUAACAGCUUGCAUUUUAAAACAUAAACUAAAUUAAUUUUUGCAAAUUGAAAAUUUUUUAAUAAAAAAAUUAAGCUCCUUCAGUGAGCGAACAAAAUUUUUUUGUUAGAAGGGAGGGAUAAGAGGAAAACUAUAUAAAGGGAAAAUUAAGGAGAUAGGAAAAAAAGGAGGAAAUUUGAAGAAGAUAGACGAUUUGAGGGUAAAAUCGCCGAAGUUUUUUAAGGAUGCUUUGGAGAAGGUUGAUAAGAUUUCAAAGCGGCAUGAGUCUAUGAAUCCUUGAACCAGGGUAGCAGGAUGAAGACUGAAAAGCAGCUCUGUCUAUGUAAAUUAG